CAUGUUACACUUGUUCAUACCAAACUGACAGACAUACUCCUUGGUUUUUGUUUUCCUUCCUCAAUCAUCUCUUUCUCAUCGUUCUACUCCUUCAUUACUCAUUCCAAUGCAAGCUCAUACUUCUCUAGUGUCCCUUCCGUGGCAGCUGCAGCAUAAUUCGCCUGAUAACGCCCGAGGCACAUCUGGUUCUCGUUCUUGUUCUCUCUCUUUUCGCUCCUCAACCAUGUCAUCAUCAUGGUCUUCUGGUACCUAUCCCUCACCUAUGCUACUCCCAGAGAUCAUUACCCUCAUCUGUUCCUACCUUAGCCGUCCAGACCUUGCAGUUGCAGCUCGAUUCAAUCGGACUUGGUCAAAGAUCUGUCUGCCCUUAUUAUACCGCGAGAUUUCGCUCAAUGGGCGUAGGUUCAAGAUAGACAGUCUUGAGUUAGGUAUUCGACGUAGUGGUCAUUUCUGUUUGCGGUUACAAGCUGCUCGCGACGUAAAUCAUUGGUGUUCCAGAAUUGCGGGAAUGCUGCGCUGUACGCCCAAUCUAAUAGAUCUAGACGCCACCUGGAUGAAUGUCGACUUGCUCGAGUCCUUGGUGUUUCUCCAGAAGCUGGAGCGGCUCGCGAUCUCACGCCUCCAGGGAUGCUAUUCAGAAGAUAGUCAGUUCUUUGAGCCUUUCUUUCAAGGAUCUUCAAGAAUCAGGGAGCUUAAUAUGGCAGACUCGAGUCAGAUGACUGACUCCACCUUGGUGAGUAUCAUUAAGACCAGUCCACAUAUUCAGGCCUUAACAGUCUCAGGCAACCAAUGCCUGACCCAUCAAGGUUUGAUUCGAUGGUGUGAGCAGCUUUCAAAAUCGUCAUCGCCACCAUUGUCAUCGCCGUCCAAGUUAGAUAGCAUAGCUAUGACCGAGUUGACAACUGUCAACUUCGCAAACUGUAAUCGAAUUCAGCCCUCGGGCUACCGAGCUUUAUUCGAACAUUCCCGAAACCUUCAGCAUGUCAAUCUUAUGUCCACACGUGUGGACGAUGACGCAUUGCAAGUCUUGGCUAACCAAAACCAAGGUUUGGAGAACAUCAUCCUUAACUGUUGUCCAGCCAUCUCAGAUCAUGGCCUACAGGCGAUCCUUAGGGCUUGUCGCCAACUAAAGGCGAUCUCACUUCUGUAUUGCAAUCGCAUCUCUGCUCGAAUAUUCUUUCAGAGCCAGUGGAAGUGCCGCGGAUUAGAGGAGUUGAGGUUUUCUUUGAACGGAUGGCAUCAAGAUCUAAUCGAACAUGGACUAGAGGGGGGAAAUGGUGGUGGCGGAGGUGAUACACCUGCUCAAGACCCAGAGAUGAACCCAAGCAUCAUUCAGCCGCAUCUUCAAGAAGGUGCAGACCUUCAGUCAAUGAUCUAUGAGCCGCAGCUUGAGUUUAUGAUUUUUGGUGAACCGGAAUGGGAAGUUGCCGCUUUGUCAGAGGAUGAUGAUGAUGAUGGGACCUAUCUAGCCGAUCAAGUACCUAUACAGAGUACCACUACUACUGCCAACAAUAGCAGUGAUAGCCAUGAUAACGAUAUUUCUAUUCAUUAUCAUUCGAUGGAUAUCGACCCGCCUCCCUCUUUCCAAGAGUACCGUCAGCGUCUUAUCUUGACCCAGCUCUACCGUCAAAUCGGACAAUUCACGCGGCUUCAGACUCUAGUUAUGCGUAGCAUUAAUCUUCCGCUAAACCUGAACGCAGGAUUAAGUCGUCUCAGUCGAUUAAAGGCUCUUCAGCGUAUUGAAUUGGCAGGACUCGAGCAACCAUUUGGUCCAUCUGAAGUCAAUUGGUUAGCAGGAAUCUCAUUAGUAACGCCCAUAAAGAGUGCACAAGAACAGAAACAUGGGCCUGUAGCACAGCAGGUUGAACAGACAGCUUUUAGUGGGCUCAAGACAAGAGAUGUCGUUUCUACAACUAUAACAGUGUCACAGCCUUUGCCCAUGUUGCGUGAGUUGGCGUUCAUAGGUGGCUAUAGCUUAUCAUCAGAUCUAUUAAGAAAGCUCAAAGAAUAUCGUCCGCAGUUGGAUAUUCAAUUAACUCAAGUCAGGGAUGCCGUCGCUUAGUGACAAAUGGACAGUAGAGUAUCUUUAAUACAGUUUAUAGAGAAAUAAUGUUAUCGUAAUAAUAAAAAAAGCU